CAGGAAGAACCAGCCUGGCUUAUCAAGGUAUCAUUCAGAGGAGUUUGAUGCAGAUGAUGCAAUGGCUACCAAUGUGGAUCACCAUCCUACAAGAGAUCUCUUACUCCACUUUGACAAGAAUAGAUCAGGUCGAAGGGACCUUUCCGACCUCCUGUCGUAUUCAUUCACAGGCAAGUCUGGUAGCGCCCCAUUGCCGGCAAGAGACUGGACCAUGGAGGAAGCAAUGCAACCAAGGCAGCAUUCCAGCAUUAGGGCUAGUGCCAGACAGGCCUACUCAGGCAUAGAUGCUCUUCUUCCAAGUCAGCUUCAAGAUCUUCGGCGUCAGGAGUGGGAUGUAGAGCAGCGUUUGACCAACAAAGAAAUGAAAAGUGAUUAUUCUAAGAAGGAACAAAUUCGUCUCUCUGGUCAGUCAGCAAGUGUACCAGCACAAAGAACAAACACAAGAACACAUGGAAUCGAUCAAAUUCCUUGUACACAAAGGGGAGCUCCAAGGAAAUACAUAGGUAUAGCACAACCCUGUCCCCGGGCUGGUGCCGGUAAUCCAUUGCAGAUGACCAUUCCCAAGGGUUCUUUAAGCAACAAGACUUCAAGGCGUGGUGAGUUUGGUACCCUUGCAACAUCAGGUCUACCGGCGAGAAGAGGAACAGCUUCAAGUCAGAACCAGAAUCAGGGAUACUUUCCAGGGCAGAGGCAUCCCCAGGAAUAUCCCAGUCAACAAGAACAGCAUCGUCGAAGACCACCUGAUCACUACCAGGGUCAAGGACAAGAGGCCCUACACAGCAGGGAUGACCACUGGGUUGGUGGAAAGGACGCAAUGAUGCUCUCAAGACCAGGGUGGCUGGAGGGAAAAGCUUCAUCAUACCAGCAUCAAAGAAGCGAUGCCUUCCUUGAUAUCGGUGAGUCUGAUAUCUACUACUGGCAGGUCAGGGAGGAGCUGUUGCGUAGUUGAAGCCCUGUUUUUAUUAAAUGCAAUUCUGUGCUAAAGAUAUAGAAGUCUGUCGCUGUGCAAUUGACUAGGGAAGUUGCAGCCACUUUGAAUCGAUCAAUAGGGUGGGGCCUUGGGCAUUCAUAUUAAGAGUUGCGAAUGAUCUGAAUCAGUUGUAACUAAACUUGAAUUUAACACCAGUCACAACUCUAUAAGAAAUGCAAAGGUCCCGAGUUAGGGUAACAGUCAUUUUGCUUUAGGUAUCGGGGUCCAGACCAAGACUAGUCUUACGCA